ACCACUCGCAUCUCGCAUCCAAGUUGCCACUUGGACGGUGUGUGCAGCUGCCCACAUGACUUGGGGGGGCAACUUCGAUGACGAAUUUUCCGGCACCCGAUGGCAUCUUCGAAGCUUCUCGCAAAUAAGGCUGGCCUGAGGGGGAUUCUUCCCCGGCCAGGCUCAAGCCCUCCUCCGGACGGAAAUGCAGCGGGUCGGCGAGGAGUGACAUCCAUGCAAGACUCGCAAGCUUGCAUCCCGCUCUCGCAUUUGCUCAAGGACGGCGACAUCAUCCUGCUGUUGACACCCGCAAUCAUCCCCGGAGCGAGCCCUUUGAAUCGCAAUUCCAAGGAUCCGCCCAGCGAUCCCUUCGAGCCUCUCGGGAAGGCUCUGGCGAGGCGUCACCCGUGGGUCCGCCAUGUCCCAUAUGUCCCGCGGAACGGCAUUACCGGCACUCAUGUCGUACACAUCAGGUUAGCCACUGUGGUGAUCUUUGUUGUCUCGGGCCCUCCAAGUCACGGGCAACCGUCGCAGGUAGCCUUGGCCGAAAUCACACGAGCGCUCUGCGAGCAUCGCCCGCAAAUCAUUCUGACUUGCUGCGACAUGCAAACCCUGGGCCCGCUCGACAAGUCCUUCCCAACCGUCAUCGAGGCACCAAGCCUCGCCCCUUCAGACCUGGAAGCCGCUGCCGAUUUACUCAUUGGGGAGCCUCUAAAAUUGAGCCCCGUGGAACCGGACAUCCAACCCCCGAGGACCUGGCCUAUCGAGGUUUGGGAUGCAAGCCGGGACUGCUCCGAGGUCUUGGACCUGUGGCAUCAGUGCUUGCCUGAGGCGUUUCACCUAAGCCGUUACCAGUUCGAGUCGCUGCUGCGGCGCGACGGUUAUGCGAGGCAUUAUGUCGUGCGAGAACCUGCGAGCCCACGAGUGCUCGGUUUCUGCGCGACCUACACUACUUAUGCGGACAGCGGCGGCGAGCGGUUGCUCGGCUCCCUGGCCGUCCUCCUUGUCCAUCCCUCGUACAGACGACGAGGGAUCGGCCUGAGCCUGCACGACCAUGCGUUACGCCAACUUCGGAAGACGCGCGGCGUCUGCCGUCUGCAGCUGGGAAGUACUUUCCCUCGGCUCCUCUACGGACUGCCAGUCGACUCGCCCUUUGAAGACUGGUUCCGGCGGCGCGGGUGGCCGAUCGGGCCUCUCUCCACCGCUACUCCGGGAUCAGGACAGGAGGUGUGUGACUGGAUUCUCGAGUUCAAGGAUUGGCCAGCAACAGGCCGGCCGCCGUCGGGCAUCACCUUCCGACCCUGCGAGUUUACCGAGUUCGACCUGGUGCUGAAUUUCGCAGAGAAGGUGUCAAUGGAAAGGGAUAGCAUGGGCUGGUACGACCAGUAUGCCAAAUUGGCCAACACGAUGAACAUCCGGGAUAUUAUCCUCGGACUUGAAGGCAACACUAUCGUCGCGGCGGCCCUGACGUAUAUCAAAAAUACUGGGAACCCCGUGGCUGAAGAUCUCCCGUGGGCCAGCACCAUCGCAGGCGAGGUGGGAGGUGUGACUUGCAUCUGUAUAAGCGACGAGCUGGCGAAUUCUAUAAGCAAGCAAGAUUCCGUCAUGGUUCAGCUUCUCGGCUGUUGUGUUCAACUUUUCGCAGACCAAGGGAUUGACAAGCUGCUUGUUGAUGCGGUGAAAGGGGGUGAUGAAUUCUUCCAGUCCAUGGGAUUUCGAAAGUGGGCAAAGUACAGAGACAUCUGGCGGGAUGUGUAGAGCAACAAGGCGCUUGGCGUUCUGAGUCGUGUAUCGGAGGGCCAAAAGGAGGAUGUCUUUGGGCGCAACGACUUCAGCGACAUGA